AGGAGGGAGGCGCGAGGCGCGAGGUGCUCGGUGCGAGACGGGGAAACAGACUGGACUGGACUGGGCGAGAGCCAAAUGGCCGAAGACGAUGAGUUGUUUUUUAUCCCGAGUUCCUGGUUGGAUGGUCCGGGGCUAUGGAGAAUGGAGAGAAUGGGGAAUGGAGAAUGGGAAAGACGGGGGUGGUUUGUGAGUGUGUGUGGAUGAGGUGUCCACCGCGCCGCGUAUGGGCGAGAUGGGUUGGGAUGGGAUGGCCGAUCGAAGGGGACCCAGAGAUCCCCCCCUGCCCGGAUUUAAUAACCAAGCUGGAGCGCAGUUGGACCGCAGUUGGAGCACAGCCGGGAUGGCCACGGAGAAAGGCGAAUCAAGUUGGGCCCAGCCGACGGGGCGAGUCGAGCUUCAGUCAAGUCCUCGAUUGAGUCGAGGAUCCGAACGAGAUGCCGGGGUUCGGGCAUGUAGUUUCGCUUCCACGUCGAAGAAAGGCUUCUGCUGGCAUCGGGGAACCUACCACGUAUUGGGAAGAAGUGCCUGCUCGUCUUUGCCAGCUGCCGAGGUUCAGAAGUUAAUUAGUGGAUGUACUCGGUACAUUCGUGGAGGUGGGAGCGACAGUGCCUUGAGUGCGCUCCGUGUUUGUGGUGUGGGAGUGGGCGAUGGAGGGCUUCAGGGGGGGUGUCAGUGGAGGAGGGAUGCGAACAGCAUGAGAGACCGGUGUACCGACAGCGCGCGCGUGUGUGGGAGGCCAUGGCAGCCUCACAGCGAGCCCAACACCAGGUCCGAUGAAUGGCUAUCGUAA